UCAUAUUUGAGUCAGCAAUGCGUACUGCGCAAUGUAUAUAAUAUUAUCGCUCAUUGUACCCGCCUUACCCAGGCUCAAAUCAACAACAUGCCAGGCUCCGCGAUGUCAACUCCUGCUAGGCCCCCCUUCGGGCACCUACUAGUCGUGAACGGUCUACUCGACACGCCGCACCGCGCACGUAUCGCGCCUUACUUCAUAGACAUUACGCUCGUCCCGCUCGGCAAGGCCCCCAACGAUGCCCAGCUCGGGGAGGCCGAGGUCGUUUACGGACUGCCCUUGGGCGAGUGGUUCACGAGCGCCGCACAGGUUCCGAAGCUGCGUCUCAUCCAGCUCAUUAGUGCGGGCAGCGAUCGCGUCGUGCGCAGCCCGCUCUGGAAGGACGAGGAGAGUAAGCACAUCCAGGUUGCGACUGGGUCAGGCGUGCACACGGGGCCGAUCCCGCAGCACUUUAUCAUGACGACCCUGGCGCUGUUUCACAAGUUACAAGAGCAGAUCCUCAUCAGUCAGGUCGAGAAGCGGUGGGGCACAAACGACGACAUGGGCUCAAUGGGCUUCAUCCGCGAGCUGCGCGGCAAGACUGUCGGCAUCCUCGGAUACGGCCACAUCGGACGCGAGGCCGCCCGCCUCGCCGCCGCAUUCGGCGCGACCAUCAUCGCAGCGAACACCUCGGGCAAGCGCACGCCGCAGGACGGGUACAUCGUACCUGGCACCGGCGACCCCACCGGUAUCAUUCCCGCGACGUGGUACAGCACCAAGGACGACGCGUCGCUCGCGGCCUUCCUCGGCGCGAGCGAUGUCAUCCUGCUCGCUCUGCCCUCGACGCUUGCGACGCGCCAUAUCCUCAACGCGCACACGCUCGCACACGUCCGGUCGCACGCAGUGAUCGUGAACGUCGGGCGUGGCGACGCCAUUGACACGGACGCGCUUGUCGCGGUGCUUGACGAGGGCAGGCUCGGCGGAGCCGCACUGGACGUGGUCGAGCCGGAGCCUCUGCCUGCGGGGCAUACGCUGUACGGCCGCAAGAAUGUCAUCAUCACGCCUCAUAUGAGUGGACGCACAGAACGGUAUAAUGAUAUUGCUGUAGAUAUCUUUACGGAGAACCUCGAGAGGCUGAAGAAGGGUCAGGAGCUGCUCAAUACAGUGGAUCCUCGCAGAGGAUACUAGAAUUAUUGUAGUACUCGGACAGAAUCAAAAUAUUAACUUAUGU